UAGACCCAGCAUUUCACAAACUCUGCAACACACCAACCAUGGCUCCUUCACUUCAAAUCACCUUAUUUUCCCUCCUCUUCAUUUUCACCAUCACUCAAGCUCAGCCAUCUUUCCGACCAUCGGCCCUAGUGCUUCCGGUCAAGAAAAAUGCCUCGACGCUCCAAUACGUGACCACGAUCCACCAAAGAACUCCUCUCGUAUCGGAAAAUCUUCUUGUUGAUCUGGGAAACCGGUAUAUGUGGGUUGAUUGCGAGACAAAUUAUGUUUCAUCCACGUACCGUCCUGUUCGAUGUGAAACUUCGCAAUGUACCAUGUCGAAUCCCGAUACAUGCAGCGAUUGCUUUAAUAGACCCCGACCAGGGUGCAAUAAUUUUACUUGCGGGGUUUUUCUUGAAAACUCCGUGAAUAAUAUUGCCAUGAUCGGUGAGGUUGCUCAAGAUGUUGUGUCAGUCAGGUCCACUGACGGGUCGAGUUCAGGUCGGGUUGUCUCCGUCCCGCAUUUUAUUUUUUCAUGUGCGCCGAGUUAUUUGCGACGAAACUUGUCUAGCGGUGCGGUAGGGGUUGCGGGUUUAGGAAGGAAUAAAAUUGGACUUCCUUCGCAAUUUGCUUCGGCUUUUAGCUUCAAACGGAAAUUCGCGAUGUGUUUAUCAGGAUCGCGAUCAUCGAAUGGCGUCAUAAUCUUCGGAAAUGAUCCGUACAAAUUUCUUCCGGGCAUCAUUGUGUCAGAUAAAACACUUACGUACACACCCUUGCUGACAAAUCCAGAGAGCACUUCGGCAAGCUCACACGGCGAGCCUUCGGUUGAGUACUUCAUCGGAGUUAAAUCGAUUAAAAUCAACUCUAAAAUCGUUCCAAUUGAUACCUCAUUACUAUCUAUUACCAAUGGCAACGGUGGAACAAAAAUUAGCACAAUCGAUCCAUACACAGUCCUGGAGAACUCGAUUUACAAGGCGGUUCUAAAGGCUUUCAUCAAAGAAUCCGCAGCGAGGAACAUAACACGAGUUGCCUCAUUUGCGCCAUUCGGGGCCUGUUUUAGCACAGAUAACAUCUUGAGUACGCGAGUAGGGCCGUCAGUGCCGAGCAUUGAUCUGGUGUUACAGAGCGAAAGCGUGGUCUGGACCAUAACAGGGUCAAAUUCAAUGGUUUAUGUUAAUGACAAUGUGGUUUGUUUAGGAGUGGUGAAGCGAGGAUCGAACCCGAGAACUUCGAUUGUGAUCGGAGCGCAUCAGUUGGAGGAUAAUCUGGUGCAAUUCGAUCUGGCAAGUUCGAGAGUGGGAUUCAGUGGUACUCUGUUGGGGAGACAGACUACAUGUGCCAACUUUAAUUUAACAUCCUCUGCAUGAACACAUUUUACAAUUUUUACCGAA